GAGAGAGAGAGAGAGAGAGAGAGAGAGAGAGAGAGAGAGAGAGAGAGAGACAGGCAGACUCGUGUGCCGCCUUGCCUGUAACCUAUUGAUUCCCCGGCGUGGCGGCAGUGACCACCACCACCACUACCACCACCACCUACUCCUCCACCUCCACCUCCUCUCCUCCUCGUACUCUACCUUCGCCUCCUCCCCGCCACUGCCGCCUCCUCCUCCCAGGGUUGCCACCACCACUACCACCGCCUGCAUUCGGCUCCGGCACGGUACUCCUUCGGCGCCGGCAGGAGACGAGGAGCGUGGCCGGUACAGAGUGACAGCUGGGAAGGAAAGUCCCCGUGGCGGCGUGGCUGAGGCGAGGCAGGCUGUGGGCGGUGCGCAGGUCGGCCUUGCUCUCACCGGCGGCGGGACAGUGUGGCGAGGAGGCGACCCGAGCCUGGCCAUGUGUGUGCGUCCUGCCGCUGCCCGACCACCUCCACCGCCUCCACCACCACCACAGGCAGCCGAGGGGGCAUGGUGGGCGUGGUGACGGCGGUGCUGGCGUGCUGUGCUGCCCCUCAGGACGGCCUCUCGCCAGUAUCACGCACUGACAGACGAGGGCUGCUGCUGCCUUAUCAAUAGUGCACAAGGUGGCCGUCGCCGCCGCCGCCGCCGCCACCCGGUUGUUUCUCCUGCUGCUGCUGCUGCCACGACCCCCCACCACUCACGACACUCGCUGGCAGCGGCUCCCUGACUCCUUCCUGGCACCGCCACACGCCGGCCAACACCCUCGUCCCGCCCCACACCCACGCCUCGCCCUGGGCAUCGCCGGCCGGGCUGUGCUAGGUCAGACUCAUCCAGGGGCGCCGGACCCUCGCGGCACACUCCCCCUGGGAUAGCAGGCCCCUGGCAGCAGCCCGUCACCUGCUGUCGCCGCCGUGCCUUGAAGCCUUUGUUGUUGUUGUGCUCUCAGUGUUGCCAGCACUGCACUAAAAGGAUGUUAGUAGAUAAAUAAGAAAGUAAUCAUUCCUCGACGGAAGUCCAAAGGUGCUUGAUACCUGUGCUCUUUUACCUGUUGAGAGUGAGGGCAGUGUGCUGCGUCGCCUCCCUCUCACCCUACCCAACAACACCACACGCACCACGCCACCCCACAUCGAAGUCUUAGUGUGAUAACCACCACCACCACCACCACCACCAUGGACAAGCUACUACAGAAGCUACGCCAGAAUAUGGCGGAGCUGUCCCUGCAGGGCGAUGACUUCACACGGCAGAUCUGGCACAUGUACGCCACCUUCGAGGAGUUCAUAGACCACCAGCAGACCUCGGGGGAGGGCAGCCCCGCCUCCCGCCCCUCCUCGGGUGCCAAUUCGGGGACGGAGGCGCCGCCGCCCCCUGCGCCGCCCGGGGGCCUGGGCGCCGCCGCUAGCCCGCGGGAUGCAUUGAGCGGCUUCGAAUCCCAGAUCGCCGCGACCUCCAUCGCUGCCACCACCACCUCCGCCACCAGAUCCCACAUGGCCGAGGUGGCGCUGCCACCGGGUGUGCUGCCCACGCCCCACGAGUCCCGCACAUCCCGCCCUCAUUCGCCGCCCUCGGUGCGCGAUGACCUGGCUCUCGCCUCACCUCGUCGCCGUCGCCGCCCCCGGAGGCUGCGCCGCUCAGUGGAUAACCCGCUGCUGGACACCAUCAGUGCCAUUGGUGACGCCGACAGUGACGAAGCUGACCUGUUACCGCCCGCGCCGCCCCCAUCGGCGUCUUCCUGCUGGGGGCCACGGCUGCACCCUGACGCCGAUGUGGUGGGCUACGCAGGCAGCAACAGUGUGGACAGCGGCUACAAGAGCGCUUGUCCGACGCCUGAACUGCCGGACCCCGCUGCCUACCUGGAGCACAGACUCGAGAAACGCGGCUCUCUCGCCUCCCUCGCCUCCACCGGCUCCUCCUCCGGCAGCGGCAGCGCCUCCAAGCCUCGCAUCGCCAUGGGAACUAGAGUCAUGACCCGCGUCCCCCGCUCCCCCAGCUCCGGGGGAAGUGCUCCUUCGCCCGCCCUCGCUCGCAGGCCAGGCUCAGACGGCUCCUACUACGAGCUAGACCAGCUGGGUUUAAGGGGCGGCCUGCUUGGCUCGCCGCCUCCUCACGCCGCCCCCGCUGAGGUCAGGAAUCCAGGCUUCACCCGCUACUCGCCCAGAGGCUCACCAGCCCCGCAGCGCAACUCCUCUCCCGGGAUGCCCCCAUCCAGGGACACCCACGUGUCCCGCCGGGCCGCUUCCCCUGCCUCACCGGAGCGGAGGCCUCGCAGCGCCUCCACGGGCUCGCGCUGCUCGCCAGGCACGCGGGGCAGGCGGCCUCCUGGGGCGUUGCGGGCCGGCUCACCGCUGCUCGCGUCCACAGGUUCGCUGCCCCGCGCAUCGUCCCCGGGGAGGCGGUCACGGGCGCGUUCCCCAGCCACCAGGGAAGAGUCCCGACCGCCCACCUCCUGGUCCCGACACUCUUCCCCAGGGGUGGCGCCUCCCCCGCGCUCCCUGCGUCGCCCCCCGUCACCCAUCGUGGGCGGUCACCACGACACCGACCUGGCGAUGCUGGAGCGGGAGAUCGACGCCCUGCUGUACGGAGAUCCUCUGGGCGCGCCGCCAGCCUCGGACUAUUACGACCUCGACUCAGAGUUCGCGGCGUGCACCUGCCCCUCCGCCUUCACCAGGCCCGCGCCCCCAGGGAGGACGGGGCCUCAGAUGGACUGCUGCUCGGUCAGUGACGGGGUGGGUGGGAGCGGCGCGCCACCUUACCCUCCCGCCUGCUCCCCGGGUCCGGCGCCGUGUCUCCUGGCCGUCCUCCACGACCUCCACGGCCCGUCCGCCGCCGCCCCCCCACCGCUGUCACAAAUCGACGACCGCAACCACUCCAACGACGCGCCUGACGCGCCCCGGAGCCUUCCCGCCCCGCGCCUGCCCCUCCACCUGGCGCGUCGCUUCCUCCUGCCGCCCUGUGACGCCGCGCUGGCCCGGCACCACCUGCACCUCCACGGCAUCGCCACCUGUACCUCCGACCCGCGGCGUCACAGCCUCCACGAAACAUUCUCUGCUGCCGCGCCCUCCGACCCGCGGCGGCACAGCCUCCACGACGCCGCUGCCGCCGUAGCCUCGCUAUGCCCGCACCACUUUAUCCUGCGGGAGGUGCCCUUCCCCCAGGAGCGGCGGCGGCACAGCUGCCACCACGAUGAGACUACGUCCGAGUCCUCUUACGACAGCGCCGCUGACUACCACCUGUACGAGGAGAUUGUGUACGACGCGGCCACCUCCCCCCGCGCCCCUCAGCCCCUGCCGCCGCCCCUACCCGCUAGGCCGCCCCACCUCUUCAGGAGUGCCGGCGCGGGGCAGCCCACGCAGGAGGUGCACCACAAGGCGCGACACCAACACUCCAAGUCGCCGCAGCCUCCACUGUGCCCGCGCCGCCCGCACCCUGAAGUACAAACUCCCCCCCAGAAGCAGCAGCUCAGGCCGGCGGGGCUGCCGGGAUCUUCGGAGGCGCCGCCGCUGGACACACAUGCGCCAUCGACGCCACCCCCGCCACCCCCGCCCCCGCCACCUCCUCCCGAGGGCCGGCCCAAGCCCGCCCCACCACCCAAGCCCCCAAAGCCGCAAAGAACAGGGCAGUCCCCAGUGUCUCGCCCUCUGCCUCCCCCACCUCCCGCCUCUUGCCCGCCGCCGCCCCCUUCGCCCACGACAGCCGCUUCAAGCUCCGCCACCGCGCUGCCCCAAACAGCUCAGCAUCAUCAGCAGCAACAACAGCAAUUGCACCAACAGCAGCAACUGCAACAACAACAACAACAAUUGCAACAACAACAGCAACUCCAGCAUCAACAACAGCAACAACAACAAGCAGCAGCAGCAGCAGCCCCAGGGUGGGUCUGAGGGUCUGACGCCGCUGAAGCCUCCCACCAACAAACCAAAGCAGCGAAGUAACUUGUAUUCCAUCUUCCGUGACCGUGACCACCGCCGCUGUCUGUCCGCCUCGCUGCAGCAGGAGUACCAGGCUGACCCUCACCAUGA